AUGGGUCAACCAUGGAGUGAGUUAUCUGAUGUAAAAGAACAUGACCAACUAGUCACAAACCAAGCACAACAGGCGCAAGAAAAUUUGAAAGCUGCUCUUGCAGAGUCAGAGAAAAAUGCUGGCCUACUGACCGAGUACCAUGAAUUAUAUGAACUACAGCGAAAGCGAUUAGAAACGCAAGUAUCAAGUCUAACUGAAGAAAGAGAACUCUGGAGCCAUGCAGCAUAUAGUCUAGCUUUGAAGGUGACUGAUGCGAAUAGUUUAGCCAGUGCCAAGAGACUUCACAUGAGUGAGAAAGGCUGGUCUAAGUUGGCCACUCAUUUCACCAUUGUGCUUGGGGAUAAAGACACUGAGCAGUUGUCCACUUUGCAAGGGUACGUGGACAAGUUCCGUGAACUGAUCGGUGAUUUCCAUCAGCAAUUACUGAAGAGUGACGAGAAAUCUAGAGUUCGUUUGAGCCAAAUCAAGAAGGGUAUUCAGAAAUGGAUUGAAGAGUUUCAACGUGAGAUUAUCUUUCCCAAGGAGCUCAGCCAAACCCAUACUCCAGAUACAUUCAGUACCUCCUUUCGUCACUCUUCCAUGAGUGGUCGUCCACCAGACUACUCUGUAAUGCCCCCUGACAGAGAAACCAUUGGAAAAUUAUUCCAAGAUAUGAGAUUCUGGGAAGAGACAAUUAACAAAGAAGUUGAGAAAUUUGGUGGUGAUGUCCUGCUCAGCUUUGAAGAGAGUAUGUACCACAUCAACAAACAGAUGGAAGGAUGGACUGAGACAGCUUUGAAGGUAUUCAGUAGACAUCUCUCUGAUGAUGGUACUGAGUUUCCAGCACAUGAAAAGAUGCUGGUGAUGAACAAGCUUGUGGAAAAUUUCAUGGAGCUCUUCAAAGUGCGAGUCAAUGGAGAAAAUGGAGUUGCCAAGGGUUUCAUAACACUAGCAAAUGCUAUGGAACCGUGGGACUCUAGACUAAACCAGAUUGUAAAUGGCGGGUCGCUACCACCAGAAUCAGAAUGGGGUCGUCUUUAUGAUCUCUUUGAUGAUUGGAUUAUAACUGUUGAUGAUACCUUCACCUUGGUGGGAUCUACUCAGAAAGAAGAAGAUCGCAAUGCUAACAAAGAACACAAACCCAUUACAAUUGAGCAUAUAUUCCGGAAUACGCAGACUUGGUUAACCACUACAAUAAAUGGAGUGGAUAACGAAGAUGCCAAACUAGUAGAACAGGUUCGUGUAUUGCAUGCUGAAAUCGUACAUUGGAUGAUUCAAGUAUUACUUCGCUUAGCACCAGAUAAAGCAGAUACUCCAAUAGAAGCAAUAGAAAGCAGCAUGGCAGCUACUUCGACCACCAACGAUAUUAAAGAAAAGGCUGAAUCUCUCUUUGAGAGACUCACAAAUUUUUCAAACUACAUUAUUGGAGAGACUGAGGAACGGGCACAAAAUGCUGAAGAAAAAGUUUCUGAACUUGAGGAUGAGUUGAAAACUGCAUUGGAAAGACUAAGAGCUAUUGAUGGAAAGAGUGUUACACCAACAAUCCCUGAGAAUCGGACCCCAAGUGAGGAUGCUAAAGAAGCUGAAGUUGUCAAGGGAAAGGGAAAAGACAAAGGAAAACCACCAUCAACACCAACACAGAUGACUGUCCCAGAACCAUCAGGAGCAGCUAAAAGACCAACUUCUUCGACUUCAGUAAAAUCAACAGGAACGCCUCCUAGAUCGCCCUCACAAGCAUCACAUAGAUCUAGGCAAGCUCACGCUCAUCAAAGGUUUCCAAGAAAUCAAAAUAAUUUUUUGACUAGAAUUUCUUAA